UGAAGGCGAAGCACCAAGACUCCUUACUCCGCCCCGCGGAGCACCACCUCUCCUGCGGCUCUUCAUCUCGUCCUCCACCAAUGGGAGCCUCCCUGGCGCGUAGUUUAAAAUGGUUUAAAUCUAGCUGGGCGAGCUGUCAGUUGGUUCUGGUCAUAGGGAUUGGAGGGAUGUUGCAGAGCUGUGUGCAGCUGCCGUCGGCUUCCCCACGGGGUAGCACCGCCCCUGAGCCGCAGCCCAGCCUGCCGCUGCUGCCGGGGCCCUGCGGGGGAGCAGCGGCCCGGGGCGGACCGUGCUCCAGCCUCUGGCUGUGGAGAGCUCUGGCCCUGCUCCUGCUGGCAGCUGUUCUGGCACUGGGGCUGGCUCUGAAAGGAGCAGUCACUGAGACUGAAACAGCAGCUGCAACUGUUAUGGCAGGGAAGUGCAGACCCUGCCCAGAAGACUGGAUGUGGUACAGAAAUCAUUGUUACUAUUUCUCCAAAGAAAUGCAAAACUGGAACAGCAGCUGGAAGUUCUGCUGGUCACACAAUGCCACACUUCCUGUGAUAAAAGAAAAAUCAGCACUGGACACUAUCUACUCUAAAAAAGGAAAAGAAAAUUACUGGAUAGGACUAAGGAAAGAAACAGAGGGAUGGCGGUGGGUAGAUGGAUCACUGUUCACUAAUGACAUAAUCUUACUAGACGAAGAUGGGCAAAACAUGGCCUGUGCAUACCUAAAUAUGGUAGCUUUGGCUCCCAUAGACUGCAUGUCUUUGCGACACUGGAUCUGCGUCAAGAAGUCCACUUGAGCUCUCUGUCAACAGAGCACAGCUUGUUCAAGUAAGGCACAGCAAUGGGCCACUACUUCAGAAGCAUUAAUAACGAUGCCGGUGCAGAAAGGUGGGAAGAAACCAAACAGAGAACUCCCAACUUUGCUUUCUGUUCCAUGGGCUUCAGCUGUAUUCUGGACUGUUUAAAUGUCCAACUUGAACACUUUUUAAUAUUUGGAAAAAGACUUGCUUCACAUGUUGUGGAAAACCACCGAUUUUAGAUUAAGAGAAUUUUUAAGAUUUGUUGUGUGUGUGUAUGUAUGUAUGUAUUUUUUUUUUUAAGUGUAAAUCUUGAUGUUCCUAUUUUUAUGUUAAUGUUCUGUACUUUUUAUGGUGAAUGGCCAAAGUGGAUGUUUUGUGCUUUGUUUAUUAUCUGUUUUCUAUAUGUUAGAUUUGUUUCUCCUGCAAGAAACUCAAAACUACUAAAAAGUUCCCCACUUCAUGCCUGUUUUUGUUGCUAAAGACAAGUCUGAGGCCCAGCAGUAUCCUCCCUGGGAGGACACCUUUCUUGGUAACACGGGAACAAUCUUGUUUUGAAGCGAUUAAUGCUUACCACCAGUAAGGAUGAGGACAGAAGUUAUUUUUUUAAAAACAUUUCAAAACGGUAUUAUUUCAGCACAGGAGGUGGGUACAACCUCUGCAGUCUGCUGUACUGCUUCAAAAUUCCUCCCCAGCCAUGGUGUGCAACAGGUAGCUGCAGGCAGCAGAUCUUCUGGAGCCCCCUUCCCCUGCCAGAACUGGGAUGCCAUAGUGGCACCCCCCUCCUCUAGAAUUAGAGAGGUAGCCAGGGAAUGGGGACUGAAGAGCCAAAAUCCCAGCUCCAGCACUUUCUCUGGCAGCAAUUUGGGGGCUACACUCAGCCUCUGAGUGCUACCGCUCCUGGCACUGAGGAGGACUUGGGGGGAGGGUAGUAGUAGCCAGAGGAAUGGAGGGGCUUACCUGCCUCCAGUGAUGGCAGCAGGGAGUGGGGGGAGGUUACCUAGCUCUAGCUGAAACUGUCUGCACUCUGCUCUUCUCCCUUCCCUCCUCGCAUUUAUGUGCAGGCGGGUGCAGUGAGUUGCUAGCAGACCUAUGUGUCCCCAUCACCCUCUACACCACAUGCAAUGUAUGGAGCAGUGGUGCGCUUCACUAAAGUGUCUAAUUUAAACGGGUGCCAUUUUGCAAUGCUUCAAAUAACGUUUUGUUUCCUGCUUAAAUAGCCAUGUGUUGAGUCCUUUACUUUAAUUUCAACCUCUGUAGAAGUUUUUAUUUUAAGUACUGGUAACUGCACAUUUCAGCUGAUGAAUUACCUAUGAGGUGUAUUUCUGAGAAUCAAUUACUUAAACAACAUAAUCUUGUUUCUGUUGGUUGCUUCAGUAUGUGAAAUAGUUUCAAACUAGUAAACGAGCAGCAAUGCAAAAUAUUUAACAGA